AUUGCAAUUUACAUAAAGAUCAGGGCCCUCAAACAAAAAUAAAAAACGAUAUCGAAAAGUCCAUCAUCUCUCUCUCCUCUGCCUCCGCGUAAUCCAUUAUUAUAACUCCGUGAGCAGCUUUAGCGGAUCACUUCACUCUUUACAAAAUUUUCUUCCUCUCUUUUUACACUCUCUCCCUUGCGAAAGAUCGGAUCAGAUCACCCAUUCUCUAUUUCCGUUCUGUAGGUUGAUAUUAAGAUGGAUAAGAUUUCGCUCCAUGGAACUCUCCAUGUCACGAUCUAUGAGGUCGACAGGCUCCACGGCGAAGGAGGCGGUCCCAACAUUUUCAAGAAGGUACAACCAGCGGAUCCUUUUUUUUUUUUUUUCACCAAUUUGGAUCAGUUCCCCUGCUUCCUAAUUUUUAUUUUAUUUAUUAAAAAAAAUCAGAUUUGCGGUGUUGAUGUUAGAGCAUUGUGCGUUGACGUGGUUGAUCAUUGUUAAUAUUGACUCUUUGUUUGGCGACCUUGAUUUAUGAUCAAUACUGCGUUCUUUUCUAAAAAAAUGAAAAAACUGAUACUCCCUCUGUCCCAAAAUUAUUGUCCAGUUUGAGAUUUCACUUUUCGUACGAUUUGAACUAAAAAUGAAAACCCAAACUGGGCAAUAAUUAUGGGACGGAGGGAGUAUUUAGUUAUAGGCUUGACGAGAGUGAGAUUGUAAAUUUACAGUUCAAGUUUGAUCCCAGUGAUCUGUUUUCGGUAUAAUUCAGCAGCAUGGUUUGUUUUGAUAAACUGGCGUGGCGCCAUCUUCGGCUUUUUUAAAAUCAUGAGCUUGGGUUUUACUGUGAUUAGACUUUGUUUCAUUGAUGUUUGUAAGAGAUGUGAUUAGUCUCAGUAUACUUCAUGAUCUCAUUGCUUUACACUAUUGGUAACUACUAGGGGAACACAAUAUUUAGCUGGCUGACAUGAAGAUCCGUUUAUGUUCAUUCCUUGAAAUAUCAUUUCUGAUGGCUUUCUUGCUGACCCAACGUUGGAUGUGUUCAUUUUAAAAUUUCACUGAAUCAGCAUUCCAAUAUUCAGUUUAUGGUUACCGAGUGGACUUUUUUUAUCAUUUACCUUUAUACUCGUAUUUAAACAUUUUUGUCCUACUGAAUAAUCUGCUUUUUUCUGUUUCUAUUUUAGCAUGCCUUGAUUUGUCCUGCUAGUUCCUUUUCUUGACCCAGCCACAUUCAACCAUUGGUGUUUAACCUAAAACAAGAAACUAACUCAUGUUUGUUUUUUAACUUAUAAUCUGAAUGUUCAUGAUCCGCUUGUGCAGUUUCCUGCUACUGAUUUUGACUGUUGACAUUUGUGUAGUUUAUGUCCAAUAUUGAGGAAACUGUUGGUUUCGGCAAAGGAACUCCCAAAAUCUAUGCCACCAUUGAUCUGGAGAAGGCCAGAGUUGGGAGGACUAGAAUGAUUGAAAAUGAACCUAACAAUCCCAGGUGGUAUGAGUCUUUUCAUAUCUACUGUGCCCAUGAAGCUUCAAACAUCAUAUUCACUGUUAAAGAUGACAAUCCUAUUGGUGCAACCUUAAUUGGAAGAGCUUAUAUUCCAGUGCAAGAAAUUUUAGAUGGAGAAGAGUUGGAUAGGUGGUUGGAGAUACUGGAUAAAGACAGAAAUCCUAUUAGUGAAGGUUCAAAAAUCCAUGUGAAACUACAGUACUUUGAUGUGUCUAGAGAUCGUACCUGGGCUCGUGGGAUUAGAAGUGCCAAGUUUCCUGGGGUUCCUUACACUUUCUUCUCACAGAGAACAGGAUGUCGGGUUUCUCUGUAUCAAGAUGCUCAUGUGCCAGAUAAUUUUGUUCCUAAAAUCCCUCUUGCUGGAGGAAAGCACUAUGAACCUCACAGAUGCUGGGAAGAUAUCUUUGAUGCCAUUUCUAAUGCAAAGCACUUGAUUUACAUUACUGGGUGGUCUGUGUACACUGAGAUAACCUUGAUAAGGGAUUCAAGGAGGCAGAAGCCGGGAGGUGAUGUCACACUUGGUGAACUACUUAAGAGAAAGGCUAGUGAAGGUGUCAGGGUACUUAUGCUUGUUUGGGAUGACAGAACCUCCGUGGGUGUACUGAAGAAGGAUGGCUUAAUGGCUACUCAUGAUGAAGAAACUGAACAAUUCUUCCAAGGUACAGAUGUUCAUUGUGUCUUGUGCCCUCGCAAUCCUGACGAUGGUGGGAGCAUUGUUCAGGAUUUACAAAUUUCAACCAUGUUUACUCAUCAUCAGAAAAUCGUGGUGGUGGAUAGUGAUAUGCCUAGUGGUGGUUCUCAGCAAAGGAGGAUUGUGAGUUUUGUUGGCGGUAUCGAUCUUUGUGAUGGAAGAUAUGAUACUGCCUUCCACUCACUGUUCAGAACAUUGGAUACCGCACACCAUGAUGACUUUCAUCAGCCUAAUUUCCCUGGUGCUGCAAUUACCAAAGGCGGACCAAGGGAACCUUGGCAUGAUAUUCAUUCCCGUCUUGAAGGCCCAAUUGCUUGGGAUGUUUUAUUUAAUUUUGAGCAGAGAUGGAGAAAGCAGGGUGGGAAGGAUCUGCUUGUUAACCUGAGAGAGCUUGAUGAAGUUAUUAUUCCCCCCUCUCCAGUAAUGUUCCCAGAUGAUGAGGAGUCAUGGCAUGUACAGCUCUUUAGAUCCAUUGAUGGUGGGGCUGCUUUUGGCUUCCCUGACACACCUGAAGAAGCUGCUAAAGCAGGUCUUGUCAGUGGGAAGGACAACAUAAUUGACAGAAGCAUCCAAGAUGCAUAUAUCAAUGCUAUUCGCCGUGCCAAAAAUUUUAUCUACAUUGAAAACCAGUAUUUCCUUGGAAGUUGUUAUGGCUGGAAGGCAGAUGAUAUCAAGGUUGAAGAUAUUGGUGCUUUGCAUCAAAUCCCCAAGGAACUUUCUCUAAAGAUUGUCAGUAAGAUUGAGGCUGGGGAAAGGUUCACUGUGUAUAUUGUGGUCCCAAUGUGGCCAGAAGGUAUUCCCGAGAGUGGAUCAGUUCAGGCGAUAUUGGAUUGGCAAAGGCGAACAAUGGAGAUGAUGUAUACGGAUAUCAUCAAGGCUUUGAGGGAAAAGGGCAUAGAAGAGGACCCGAGGAAUUACUUGACAUUCUUCUGUCUUGGGAACCGGGAGGUCAAGAAGAGUGGUGAAUAUGAACCUUCAGAGCAGCCAGAACCUGAUUCAGACUACAUUAGAGCUCAGGAGGCUCGACGCUUCAUGAUUUAUGUCCAUACCAAAAUGAUGAUCGGUAAACAAUAGCUUCAUUUCUUUCUGUCAUCUGCAAUUAUAUUUAAUUCCAUGUUUUUCUCACUAUGAUCAUUUUGUUUUGUGGCAGUGGAUGACGAAUACAUCAUCAUUGGAUCUGCCAACAUCAACCAGAGGUCAAUGGAUGGUGCAAGAGAUUCUGAAAUAGCGAUGGGUGCCUACCAACCGCAUCAUUUGUCCACAAGGACCCCAGCUAGGGGUCAAAUUCAUGGUUUCCGCAUGUCAUUAUGGUAUGAACAUCUUGGCAUGCUGGAUGACUGUUUCCUCCGUCCAGAAAGCGAGGAAUGUGUUACGAAGGUAAACCAGAUGGCAGACAAGUACUGGGAUCUCUAUGCGAGUGAAAGUCUUGAGCGGGACCUUCCCGGACACUUGCUUCGUUACCCCGUUGGGAUCGCCAGCGAAGGGGAUAUCACAGAGCUUCCUGGAAUGGAGUUCUUCCCCGACACGAAGGCCCGGGUUCUGGGCACUAAAUCUGACUAUCUUCCACCCAUUCUGACCACCUAAAGAGAGAUGCAAGAUUUGCGUUUCCUUGUUUUAGGAAGACCGGAUUCUUUAGCUUUUUAUUUUCAGUUCACGUGUCAUGAGACAAUAAGUUUGCGGUUUUAGUACUUUUACUGACCUUUGUGUUGGAACUGGUGUGAGUUUUGAAAUGGUUUUCAGCAAAAUUCCGUUUCUUAGUGCAGAACUUGUUUUCUUCUUUGUUCGAAUAACAAUGCCCUAAAAUAAAACUAGCAACUGACGACUUUGUUGUUUGUAAUUUCGUCAGUUUAAGGAAACGUGUUUGUAAGGUGCCACUGUUGCAACUUCUGUCUUAUGGGGAAAGGGUGUGGGUUUGCUGUUGAAGGUCCUAAUUACUGGGCCAAAUGGUUUGUUCCCGUUUUUUGCAAGUGUUAUUUCCUCCUUGACGAAAACAAAAAUCAAAUUUCAAACCACUCACAAGUUAACAGCUCAAUGGUUAAACUUUAUAAAUUAUCCGCCAAGUAGGAAAUCCGAAAAUCUUCUAGAAACAAAAAAAAUUGGUGGCGUGGAACAAAGCUUGUGACUGAUGAUUCUUACACGAAUAUUUGGGUGGACAAAUGUAAAUAGAGAUGGGACUGAACGUGACUGGGAGUGAAGGGUUUUUUGGCGUUUUCAUGUUGGAGUGUUAAUAUCGCAGGAAAAUGAUAGAAGAAACUGCUCAAAAUUGACAGACAACUACACAUCCAGAGUUGAUACAGUGUUACUUCUGUAACAAACUGAAUGAAUAGUUGAAUACUGAUUUAUUGAUGGACUGGCAUUAAUUCACCUCAUGGGCCAUAUAGGGUCCCCGCAUUUCCAUCAACCGCCAUGGCCCAUGGGUCAUCUUGUCCAAACAAAAAUUACAUUAUAUUUAUGUCGGAAAAACCAAACUACCAAAGUCUCACUUGUUAGAUUUGGAUUCUUGUAUUUGAACGGGAUUACAUAUUUUGUCAACUUUCCCCAUCUAGAAUUAGUCGAGCUAGAUAGGACUCCUUCAUCCAACACAAUCAAAGGGAUUUUCUAUAGCCAAACCUAAAUGGCUUCCUAAGUAUUUAAAAACAAUAAAUAAAAGAAAAGUUGUGGUG